AUGGGUUACUUGGAUGAUAUUUCUUCUAGAUUGAAAUUGGAUGGUGGUGAUCUUUCUGCAGUGGGCACGCCCGCCAAUAAUGAUUCCGGGUCUAUAUAUACUGCAUCAGAUGAAUAUGGGUAUGAAGAAGCAGAAGAUACAGCAUUCCUCAUGUCUCACUCUGAUACUAAUUUACACAAGUUUAAUACUACUACUAGUCAUAUUAGCUCCUUUGAACUAGAGCAUAAAGACCAGGAAGCUGUCGUCCAAAGAACAGGGACGGUAUGGACUGCAACAGCGCACAUAAUAACUGGGGUGAUAGGGGCAGGGGUGUUGUCACUGGCAUGGAGCACUGCCCAACUUGGGUGGAUUGCUGGUCCACUGUCCAUGAUUGUCUUUGCCGUGAUCACCCUCAUUUCUACUCUCCUGCUAAUUGAAUGCUACAUGAGCCACGAUUCUGAAGCCGGCCUGAUCAGGCACCGUUCCCUUACUGGAGUUGUCAAGUACUACUUGGGCGAAAAGAACCAGAAGAUAUGUGCAAUUUUUGUGGUGGAGAGCUUAUAUGGUUGUGCUAUUGCAUACACCAUUACAGUAACUGAAAGUAUUAGUGCCAUUCAGAAAGCAAAUUGCUACCACAAACAUGGGCAUGAAGCACAUUGCGGUGGGAAUAAUUCUAAAUUCAUGCUCAUGUUUGGUGCACUUCAGAUUCUGGUUUCUCAGAUACCUGAUUUUCAUAACAUGGCAUGGCUUUCUGUCAUUGCUGCUGCUAUGUCGUUCACCUACGCUUCCAUCGGCUUAGGACUCGGCCUAGCCAAAGUUGCAGAAAAUGGGAAGAUCAUGGGUAGCAUUUCAGGAGUUUCAACAUCCAAUAGUGCCGACAAGAUGUGGCUAGUUUUCCAAGGGCUUUCAGAUAUAGCUUUUGCCUAUCCUUAUUCAGUCAUCAUUCUUGAGAUACAGGAUACCUUGAAAUCACCUCCACCAGAGAACAAGACCAUGAUAAAAGCAUCAAGGUUCUCAAUAUUUACAACCACGGUUUUCUACCUGUGUUGUGGAUGCUUUGGAUAUGCAGCAUUUGGAGACAAGACCCCUGGAAACCUCCUGACAGGAUUCGGCUUCUACGAACCAUAUUGGCUGGUUGAUUUUGCCAAUGCUUGCAUCAUUUUGCACCUUGUUGGAGGAUAUCAGAUAUUCAGCCAAGUGAUAUUUGCCAUGGUGGAGAAAUGGUUUGCCAGAAAGUACCCAAACCAUCCCCUCUCCAAGAAUUUAGACUUCAAAAAGUUGCCAUUUUUGGGAAAUGUGGAGGUGAAUAUGUUCAGGCUGGUGUUUAGGACAGUUUAUGUAGUGACAGUAACAGGAAUUUCCAUAUUAUUUCCAUACUUUAAUCAGGUGUUAGGUGUGCUGGGAGCCCUAAACUUUUGGUCAUUGGGGAUUUACUUCCCAGUGGAAGUGUUUAUAAAGCACAGAAAGAUUGUGAGUUGGACUAAGCAAUGGGUUCUUCUUGAGCUCUUUAGUGGUGUUUGUUUAGUCAUUUCUAUAGUGGGCUUGACUGGAUCUGUUCAGGGCCUUGUGAAGGCCAGGUUGGGCUGA